AUGGAUCAUUAUUAUCAACGGCAGCAUAUUCAUGUUCCAAAGUUUAGCAACUGGGACAAUGACAACAUCCCAUACACAAUAUAUUUUGAGAAUGCUCGCAAAGAAAAAGCCUUUUUAAAUCCAAACGAUCCAGAGAAAAAUCCGAAAGCCUUAAAAGACGAUGAUGAAGCAGUGAAGGCUUCUACUCUUAUUCACUCCUUUAGUACAUGUUCUUCAGAACAAACAAGCAAUGAGGAAGAGAGAAGCAACACUAAACAACAGUCCCAGUCCCAGCACAUGAGUAAGGGAACUCAUCAUGGUAGCUACACGACUACAGAGUCUGACAUUGAAAGAAGCAAUUCCGAUUACUCUAUCGUUGAGAGAGUGAAGUCAGAUCUCAGAAAAAGCAUGUCUAUGGGAAGUAACUUCAUUGAUAGCUUCUCUACAUCAAGUCGCAUUAAACGCAAAGGUGGAAGCCAUUCCCUUAAAUACAACACGAACCAUGAAGCAACCCUGGUACCUGAGUUUGGUGCUUGGGAUGUGACGGACCUCAACUCAGGAGACGGAUAUACUGCCAUAUUCAGCCAAAUAAGAAAAGAAAAACAAAUUGCAUCUCGCCACAUCCCUAGUAAGACCCCAUCACUGAACAACUGUUCCAAAAUCCACAAUCAAUGUGGCAGACCUUCCUCCACAUUAUCUAAGCAAUUUACUUCACCUGAGUUCAAGCAAACAUUACAAUCCGUUGGCUUGCCCCUACGCCUCAAUGGACAAAGGGUGAGUGUCAAGUCAACCCAGAUGGAGCAAGUUGGAUACAAGUAA